ACCCAGGGCCCCGAAGGAAGCCCCAGCACGGCCCGAGGGGGCAUGUUGUGAGUUUUGUCUUCCAAGCCACACUUCCGACAGAUUUUGCAAGGCACGCGUCAAGCCCUGAGAGCGCCCCUGAUCAUGGAUAUCGGUGUUCUUUUGCCAGCAUUUGCAACAUACUAUAUUGAGAUCACGAAGUGGCGUGAGGACACCCCGCUCAGUGUCUACGGCACGUUGGCGGAUUUCCUAAUGUCUUGAUGGACAUGAUCCUUCUCGAAGUUCUGUCCUUGCUUUCUCGCCUACUAGGCAUUGUUGAGCAUCGCAUUCACCAGAUUCAGAAUGUGCUCCCCUGCAAGGCCGCCGACUUUCUGCAGCAAGUUCACACACCGUGUGCGCAGCUGGUGAAUGACAUUGGACCCCAGCUUGCACCUCUGGGUGUUCCACUACUCUGCAUCGCGAUCAACUUGCUGUCUGAAUGCGCACAACUUUACAGUGUUUUAAAGGGCUUUAUGAUAAGUCCUGGUUGCCCACACCUUGACGACUGCAUCCACACCUCGUUGUUGUGUCUUUUCAUGGUUGUUGAAGCGUUGGUCAUAGCGGUUGCACCUCUUCGCCUCUCGUCAGCAUUGGACGACUUGAAGGAGCGUCUCAGCGACACGCGGUGCAACAGUCCUGAGCUUCACGCUCAACUGCAGGCAGUGGAAACAGUGCUAAAUCAGGCGAACGGCGGGCGUGGUUGGGGGAUCAAAGUAUGCAGGGGCGUAGUCUUGCACAAGGACUUGUUGCAAGCCACUUGCAUCAGAGCGGCGCUAGUGGCGACGGCUGUGUUGGCGUUCCUUGAUUCGCAUCUGGGUUUCGAGAAGGCCAUGGGGGAGGAACACACCAGCAUCCAGCACGUGAUGGAGAGGGAAAAUGCCAUCGAGGCUGAGAUGUCGAGCAUCCGACACAUGCUGAUCAACAUGACGAUGCUCAUUCAGAAUCGCAAGUGAGAAGGCAGCAGUCCAGGGCUUGCCUUGUCAGUGGACGAGUUGCUAGGUUCACUGCCACAUCAUCUCGGCCUCAACCCCUCCCAGGCAGAGUGCGGCAAGGUAAACGAGCAGGACGGAGUGCAGGUCGUGGAGGCGGGUAGCAGGGAUGGAUCCCCUUGGGCC